ACCACAUCCGAAUUAGCAUCCACAAAAACAGGCUAUGACAUCCUCUGCUUUUCCUUAUCUACUAUUGCUCUACGCAACACAUUCUUGUACUUCUCAUUGGUCAGCCUCUACAAAUUUCCACAAAAAUUUAUCGGUCCAAAUUAACUUCCCCUUUGACAUAUUAGAGACGAGAGAAACCACAACACAUUCUCGUUCCAAAAACAUUAUCUUCUCCUUUUAAUUUAAUCCCCUUUUUUAGCCUUCUCUUCUCCUUCUCACAUCUAUCACAUAUAAGAAAAACCAACUUGGACACUAGAGUGAAGCCAUGGAAGACGAGAGAAACCUCAACACAUCUUCUUCGUCUCUCCCGUCUUUGCGUAAGCAAUUGGUGAGACCAACUUUUGGGGGAAGCAUGGAACUGGACAUUCCCGUCGUUGAUCUAAAUGUUUCUGAUGAAGAGUUCCUGGUGCAUGAGGUGACGAAAGCGAGUGAAGAGUGGGGAAUUUUUCAGGUGGUUAACCACGGAAUUCCAACUGAGCUGAUGCGGCAGCUGCAAGUGGUUGGGAAGCAGUUUUACGACCUCCCGGAGGCAGAAAAGGAAGCAGUGGCGAAAGAUGAAGGCAUUGAAGGAUACAAGAAGAACUAUCUAGAAGGUGGUAAGUCUUGGGACGAACAUCUGCUUCACAAACUCUCCCCACCCUCAAUCAUCAACUAUAAGUAUUGGCCUAUGAAUCCUCCCCAAUACAGGGAGGUUAAUGAGGAGUACACAAGGCAUGUGAAGAAGCUAACAGAGAAAAUUCUUGGUUUGUUAUCAGAGGGAUUAGGGUUACCUCGUGUUGCGUUGACACAAAGUUUAGGUGGGGAAAAGGCAGAGUAUUUGAUUAGGGUUAACUACUAUCCGCCGUCUCCAAAAGCAAUAGGAGGUUCGGCGGCGCACACCGAUCUAGGGGCAAUCACACUUCUCAUCCCCAAUGAGGUUCCUGGACUUCAAGUCUUCAAAAACGAACAAUGGUUUGACGUUAAGUAUAUCGACUCCGCUAUGGUUGUUUUCAUCGGCGAUCAACUCAUGAGGAUAACCAACGGGAGGUUCAAGAACGUGCUUCACAGAGCGAAGUCGGAUAAGGAAAGAUUGAGGAUUUCUUGGCCGGUUUUUGUUUCGCCUAGGCAUGAUUUGUUGGUCGGACCUUUGCCGGAGCUUACCGGAGACGAGAAUCCUCCAAAAUUCGAGACUUUAGUUUAUCAAGACUAUUUGCACAAGACGAUGCAAAACUGGGCGCUCGACAAGCUAUAUAAUAAAGAAUCCACUCUUCUGAAAACCCAUUAACAAAGAAUCCCUCAAUAAGUUACGAUGUAUUGUCCAAAGUAUUGGUUCUUUCUUGGUUAUAUAUUGCGUCUAUUUUAAUAAUGAGUGUUGACGUCUUCCUCUAAUAAUCAAUUUACAGCAUUUUGUUUUGUGUAUGUUGUGUGUUGUACAUUUUAAUAUAAUCAAAUUUGAAUUGUAACGUUUUAACCGCAUUA